UAUUGUCACAUUGUCAUAGACAAAACAUGUUCAAUUCAAUUUAACCCACUCUCUUAUAAACAAAACAAACACGACCAAAAAACUCUUAUAUUCGUGGUGGUUGAUCAGUUAUUCUUAAUACAAUGUUCUUCCCCCAACUUUUUCACAUCACAACAAUUCUUCUCUAACUUCACCUUGUAUUCAUUUUUAGAUAUGUUUGACAUAUUGUUCGGUUGGUCCAAAGCUUCAAAAUGUAAGAAGGCUAUUAAGAGAGCAAGGUACAGAAUCAAGCUUCUCAAGAACAAGAAAGAUGCAAUAGUUAGGCAAUUAAGAAAAGAUUUGGUUGAGCUAAUACAAGGUGGUUAUGAAGAAGCUGCUCUAAACCGGGUUGAGCAGCUAGUGAAAGAUGAAAGCUUGGCAGCUGCAUAUGAAUUGUUAGACCAGUUCUGUGAAUUUAUCCUAACUCAACUCUCCUAUAUCCGAAGGCACAAGGACUGUCCAAAUGAUAUAAAAGAAGCAAUUUCUAGUCUUAUAUUUGCAUCUGCAAGAUGUGGGGAUAUUCCCGAGCUCUUUGUAAUCAGGAUACUGUUUGGAAAACGUUAUGGUGAGCAAUUUGCAACUACAGCUGUGGAGCUAUUUCCGGGGAAUCUCGUUAACAAACAGUUAAGAGAGAACUUGUCGAGGAAAUAUGUCCUGGAGGAUAUGAAGUACAGAGUGGUGGAUGAAAUAGCUAGAGCUAAUAACUGCCUCCAACAAAAUGUGUUAGCCAUAAAGUACAACCCUGAUUGGCAAAAAGUGCAGCUGAAAGAAAACAAAGGAUAUCGACUUGUCGAAAGUAAUGCUCAAAUAAAUGCCUCAAUUUCAGAAUCUAAAGUCCAUCCUUCAGAGAUUGAAGUGAUAGAAAGAGUUUCUAAACCAUGUGAAUCUUGUGAUAAUCUUUCCAAAUCAAGCAUCGAUGAUUCUUCUACAAUUGUGUCAAUUGUUCAGCAAUAUCCUCAAUAUAUCAUGAGAUAUCCUAUCCAAAGUAAAGUAGAGAAAGUAGUAGAGGUAGAUUUUCCUAAGCUACUUUCUACUUUAAAUUCUAGUUUUCGAAACAAGGAGGAAAAAUUGGCAUUAAUAUCUUCAUCAGAAAUGAUAGACUAUGUUGACGACUUUGAGGAAUAUCAAAUUUCUUUAUCACGAGACGGUUCCUGUCAGGAGAAAAUGCUAUUCAAAUUCAACUCCUCAGGUCUUUUCAGGAGUGAAAAAACUCAAUUUGGCUGUGAAGAAAGUGAUGUAGAUGAAGCCGAAUCGCCAAGUGAGUCGUCAAGCACAAGGAGCUCAAGAAGGAAUAAAAGGAACCCUAGGAAAAGAUCAAGAAGAAGAUCAUCCUCCAUAGAAAAGAUAGACAUUGUGGAUAUUGGAGACAUGAUUUAUUAUCAAAAGCCAUGUAGAAGUCCCUCUACUCAUAAGGAUGUUAGUGUCCAGACGUGCCUCGAACAGGGUUAUCUCAAGUCGAAGGAAUCCGAUGGAAACCAAAUAAAGAGUGAAGAUAUCAGGAGAAAAAAUUUCAAACAAAACCUUAGAGGAUGCAGCUUGGACCAGCCUUGUUAUUUUUGCCUAUAUGAUGAGAAAGACUGUUUGGAAACUCAAACUUUGAAUCCAAAGAGAGUGAUAGAAGCUGCACAUGCUGAACAAGGAGUUAUGCUUGAUGAAUGUUGUCAUUGUAGACCCUUUAGUGAAGUUAGUAAUGGAAACAAGGAAACAAAAGCAGAGAUUAUUGCUUCAAACAUUGUUUCAAAUCCAAGGACUAAUGGUUCUCUUACAUCAAGAACAGAAACUGAAGUUCCCUAUUCAAGGGCCAUGACAAUGCCACAAAUGAGGCAAAAAAAGGGAAAAGAUAAGAUGUUAAGGACAUAUUCAUGUCCUUCUCAACAUCCAAAUCAUGUUCAUCCUAAGUUGCCAGAUUAUGAUGAUAUAGCUGCCAAGUUCACUGCUCUCAGGAGAGAGUACCUAGAAAACAAAGACUAGAGUAGCAGUAGAAAGUCAUAUACAUAGAAUUAGUUAGUAUAGCACAAGAAUAUUAAAUUUUGAAUUAUUCAUUAAGUAGCUUUCAGUGAGAUUGUUGCUAGAUACCACUAAAUAUUCUUUGAUAUUCAUCUAUGUAAGAUUAUACAUGAUUGAGAAUAGCAAUAUAGGAUUUUCCUUUAGCAUGUACAAUUCAUUUAGACUUUGUUUGUGUGUUACACAAACAAAUGAAGGAAUAAGUGGAAGAAUCAGAAUACAUUGGUUGGGGAGGGUUUAUUCUAUUGAUGUAUUUGGUAACAUAAAAAAGCUAGCUUAUAGCUUGUUGAAUUAGCUUAUAAGCUCGUUAGAUGAAAACGUGGCGUGUUUGAUAACAAGUUUUUUUCAUGAGCUUAUAGCGUUUUUUGAAAAGCUAUUUCAAGUAGCUUAUUAGCUUAUAGCUGGUAGCUUUUUAUAUUUUCUUCCAACUUUAACCCUA